AAUCAGUCACGUGAACCGCGCAGGUCUCGGAUAAAGCGCUGCUCGGGAUGCACGGGAUAUUCGCGUACGUCCAUCCCACGGUGCAUCCGUAUCUUUAUUACAAGAAAUCUAAAAGCAAAGAAAUAUUAGACGAUCCAAGCAGCCAUUAGCCAUUUAGUUAUUCGCAGGCUUAAUCCGACAUAGGGUCAUUUUCGACACAUCGCCUUUAAAUCGUCGUGACUCGUAGAUCCUGUGGUAAUGGGAAAUGAUGGAGGAUAAAGGGCCUCGCGUAGCCGACUACUUUGUGGUCGCCGGCCUCACGGACUCGUCCAAGCCUCUGGAGGACGAGCUCCACUUCGACGAUGCCGGUCCCCGGUGUGUGCAGCCCAAAGCCCCCAUCACCGACGUCGCCGUGGUGAUCCGCUCCCUCGGCGAGGAGGUGCCCGCGGGCUUCGCCUGCGUGGAGAGCACGCCCUCGGGCCUCUCCGCGGAGCUCAACGGGGCCAGCCUCAGGGGCCCGCAGAUCUUCCUGUGCUUCAAGCGAGGCAGAGAUAAGCCUCCGCUGACGGAUCUCGGGGUUUUGUAUGAGUGGAAGGAGAAGCUGAAGCCCGGGUGCCACAUCGUCCAGACCACGCCCUCAGGCCGUCCCGCCAACAUCAGCAGCUCCUCGUCCCAGCGCAUCUACGUCACCUACCGCCGCGCCCCCAAGAGCCAGCCGCACACGUCGCUGGCCGUCACCGACGUGUGCGUCAUCAUCCCCGGCAAGGGCGAGGCGCCGCCCCACGCCUUCUGCAAGGUGGACAAGAACCUCAACAGCAGCAUGUGGGGAUCCUCCGUCUACCUCUGCUACAAGAAGUCUCUGGCCAAAGCCAACACCAUCGCGUACAAAGCAGGUCUGAUGUGCAGGUACCCGGAGGAGGACUACGAGUCCUUCCCGCUGCCCGAGUCGGUGCCUAUGUUCUGCCUGCCCAUGGGGGCCACCAUUGAGAGCUGGCCCACACACACCAAGCACUCGCUGCCCGUCUUCUCUACAUUCGUGCUGACGGGAGCCUCUGGAGAAAAGGUGUACGGAGCAGCCAUCCAGUUCUACGAGCCGUACUCCGAGGAGAACCUGUCGGAGCGCCAGCGCUCGCAGCUCGGCCUGCCCGGCGCCGGUCUGGGAGCCGAGGGGACCAGAGGCCUCUACAGCAACAAGAGCAUCUGCCUGCUGUCCCACUGGCCCUUCUUCCAGUCCUUCAGGAGCUUCCUCACGUUCCUCUACCGAUACUCCAUCUCGGGACCACACGCCUUACCUAUCGAAAAGCACGUCUCUCAUUUCAUGCAAAAUGUGCCGUUUCCGUCGACGCAGAGACCAAGAAUCCUUGUGCAGCUGUCGCCACAUGACAGCCUCAUGCUGAGCCAGCCGGUCUCCUCUCCUCUGCCUCUCAGUGGUGGAAGUCUCUCCACGCUGCUGCUGAACCUGGGACCAAAGAACGCAGCCACUCUGCUGGUGUUGGCCGUCACAGAGCACAAGAUCCUGGUCCACUCCCUGCGUCCGGCUGUUCUCACCAGUGUUACAGAGGCCCUCGUGUCCAUGAUCUUUCCCUUCCACUGGCCUUGUCCCUACAUCCCUCUGUGUCCGCUGGCCCUGGCCGGCGUGCUCAGCGCCCCGUGCCCCUUCAUUGUGGGCGUCGACUCGAGAUACUUCGACCUUUACGUGCCCCCGGCCGACAUCAGCUGCGUGGACCUGGACACCAACGCCAUCUCCCAAAAGGAUGAGAAGAAGGCUUUAACGUGGAAAAUCCUGCCCCGGAGAGCCUGUAAGCAUCUCCUGAACAGCCUGAGUAAGCUCCAUCAGCAGCUCGUCGAGGGCGGCCAUUUGAACCGCGAGGACGCCCACAUGGAGCACGCGGUCACCGACAGUGAGCUCAACGGCGGCAAGAGCCUGCAGACUCUGGAGCUGGAGAUCCAGGAGGCCUUCCUGCGCUUCAUGGCAGCCAUCCUGCGAGGCUACCGCUCCUACCUGCUGCCCAUCACGCAGGCCCCCUCGGAGAAGACCACGGACGCCAGCUCCCUCUUCGACAUCCAAGGUUUCCUGAAGAGCAGAGACCGCUCCAACCAGAGGUUCUACUCCCUCAUGACCAAGACCCAGAUGUUCAGCCGCUUCAUCGAGGAGUGCUCCUUUGUCAGCGAUAAAGACGCCGGCCUGGCGUUCUUUGAUGAGUGCGUUGAUAAGCUAUUUACAACUGGAGGCAAGAUGACAGACAGUGAGCGGCCAGACGACGCCAGGCUCAUCGAGCUGGACGAAUCCCACCGCAGCGAGCACACGGUCUACGUCAACCCCCCCGAGCUGCCGCCGCUGCCGCGGGGGGAGGAGCACCCUCUGCGCCACAGCUACUCCGGGUUUCCUGUGCUGAACGCUGAACUUCUGGAGCCGCUGGAGGGGCAAAGUCUUCCAUCAGCGGCCAUGGCCUCGCGUCACAGCAGCCCCGCCAGCCCCACGGCCAUUUUUAGACGCUCUAAACAGGAGAUCAAAUCGGCUCAGAGGAUGGCCAAAGCCUACUCAUCCAUGCCUCAGAUGUGGUCCAAGUGUCUGCUGCGCCACUGCUACGGCCUGUGGUUCAUCUGCCUGCCGGGCUUCGUGGGCAGCUGCCACUCCCGGGUGCGGGCGCUGCGCACGGCCUACGACGUGCUGCGGAGGACGCAGGACAAAAAGCUGCAGGCUCCGGACGAGGUGUGUUACCGCGUGCUGCUGCAGCUGUGCGGCCAGUACAGCCAGCCCGUCCUGGCGGUCAAGGUGCUGUUUGAGAUGAAGAAGGCCGGCGUGCAGCCCAACGCCAUCACCUACGGCUACUACAACAAGGCCGUGUUGGAGAGCACCUGGCCCUCCACCACCAGAGGAGGCUACUUCCUGUGGGGGAAGCUGAGGAACGUGGUGCUUGGCGUGCUGCACUUCAAACAGGCUGGGAAAAAGCAGCUGACUCCGCACAGAGACCCGCAGCUUUCCGAUGGCAGUGACCUUGACACGGUCAGCCACGGCAGCUUGGACAGCGCUAAUGACUCCGUGGAACGCACCUCCAUUGACACCGAUUUCAAUAAAAUGGACUCCAGUGAUGACGGAUUCAGUUCAGGUGGACAGUCGGACCUGGGUUACGACUCUCUGUCCAAAGAGGAGGAGAGGACGUGUGACGCACCGCUGAUGGAGGACAAAGGACAGAGACAGUGUGGGAGUGGCAGCGGACUGGUUUCCAGUCCUUCCAGUGCUUCCGGUCCGUGUGGAGCUCUACCAAAGACAGAGAGGCCCAGAUCCCUGGAUUUGUCCGUGGCGGCGGGCUCUCUGCGGCUCGCCGUGCCUCACCUCGGCUCAGCGAAGCAGCACCACCUGCGCGGGGUGGAGGAGGAGGAGGCGCAGCCGCCGGCGGAGCGGAGCGUGAGCUUCAGCGGCGCGGUGGAGAGGCCCGGCGUCUCCAUCCAGAGGAGCGUCAGCUGCAGCGCCGGCAGAGCGAGGAGGACGGGCAUCGAGAGGGGCGUCGACCCCCUGUCGCUGGUGGCGACGGAGGCGCCGCGAGGCCGCGACGCCGGCAACAGCCCCCUGAGCCGCCGGGCGCCCGGCGUGGACCUGCAGAGCCCCUCCAGCCCGCUGUUCGGCGGCCCGGCGCCCUCGCCUCGCGCCUCCCCCCGCCCCGCCUCCCCCCGCCCCGCCCCCCUCCGCCCCGCCCCCCUCCGCCCCGCCGCCCAGCAGCCGCUGGCGGCGCGGGGCAAGGAGAGGCUGAGGCCGUCGCUGCCGCUGGGCGCCUGCAGGAAGGACGGGGAGCGGCCGCCCUCGCUGGCGUCGCCCGCCUCCCCCACCCCCUCCGCCUCCUCCUUCUCCAUGGACUCCCUGUUCACGCCCACGCUGGACGUCUUCAGGAGCAGCGUCCUGUCGGCGGGGAAGGGCGUGGCCGAGAAGGCCAGCCGCCUGUACUCGCGCCUGUCCUCCCAGACGUCGCUGACGCAGGACGGGAACUGCGACAGGAUCAGCGUGUCCUCGAUGACCUCGGGGGAGGCAGACUGCGCGUCGCUCCUGGAUCACGACUCCGGCCUGGACCCAGACGGCCUCACCUCACCCCAGCAUGGCAUGGCCCGGCUCAGGAGGAGUCCAGUUGUGGGCGGGGCCAACCUGGGCAGCCCCGGCACGCCGGACAGAGUGUUCAGACACAACUCCUUCUCUGGUGGAUUGGCUCGUCCCUCCAAUGCUCAGUAUCCAGAAUCCUCCUGUGACUCCGGCCGCUUUCAGCCCUCUCCCACUUACACUAUAGAGGUCUUGAUGUCCAGUUGUUCGCUUUGUAAGACGUGCGACUGUCUGGUUUAUGACGAGGAGAUCAUGGCCGGCUGGACGGCAAAUGACUCAAACCUCAACAGCACCUGUCCCUUCUGUGGCACAGCCUUCCUGCCUUUCCUCAACGCUGAAGUCAAGGAUCUGAGGCCGCAGAGCAGGUCUUCUAAGGCAGAUAAUCCUGUUACAGAGGAGGACACGUCUGAGUCACUCAACCCAGAGGCCAGCGUGCCUGUGGACGACUGUGCUGCAGCUUCCCCACAGAGGCCGCAUAGCAGUGGGAGCGCCCCACCCUCGACCCCAGCGCCCACGUCCGCCCCGGUGACGGUGCCCUACCUGAGCCCCCUGGUUCUGUGGAAGGAGCUGGAGAGCCUGCUGCUGAAUGAGGGCGACCAGGCCAUCUCCUCCCCGAGCGUGGUCGACCAACACCCCAUCGUCUUCUGGAACCUGGUGUGGUACUUCCGGAGGCUGGACCUGCCCAGUAAUCUGCCGGCGCUUAUCCUCGCCUCCCAGCACUGUAACCAUGGAAACCAGACUCACCAGGCCAGUACAUCUGAGGACAGUAAACAGGUGCUUGUAAGAAUCAUGUGGGACAAUUUGAAGCUGCACCAGGACAAAGUUCAACCCUGCUACGUCCUGUGGAACACACACUGUGCAAACUCGCUGGUUCGCUCCGGGCUGUGUGAAGAAGGCCAGCUCUUCACCGUGGAGCUGCUCCAGGGCUUUGUGAGGAGCAUCAAGAAGAGCGACGUGUACCAGCCCAUGAGCCAGGUCAUUCAGCUGCUGGGCCCCGAGCUGGGUUUUAGGAGACAAAGGAGCCUCUACAGGGAUUUACUGUUCCUGGCUCUGGUCGCUUUGGGGAAGAACAACAUUAAUAUCAAUGCUUUUGAUCGCGAGUACAAGCUGGCCUACGACCGCCUCACCCCCAACCUCGUCAAACUGACACACAACUGUGACCGGCCCCCCGGACCGGGGGUCAUGGAGUGCAGGAGGACGUUCGGAAGCCCCUGUCUGUGAACCGCCUGUCCGCUCCUGUCACCUUAUGCUUGUCCUUGAACCACAGUCACUGCUGCUGUUCCUCAUUUUUUUUUUUUUUUUAUGGGACUGCUCUUCGGCCUCAGGACCCACUCACCUGUCUGGAGCACAGAGCUCGUUAAAGCACAAAUGACACUUAACGUUAAGCAACUGCCAUGAGUUCCUUGAAUACUGUUAGUGCUGAAUGGAUACGGAGAGACAGGCUUUGAGUUUGUAAAUACUGAGAAGAUCUACUGUAUUUUCAGUAUAACUAUAGUCAAAUGUUUGUACAGUUAUUAUGCAGUCUAUUUUACGAUGUGGUUUUCGGAGCUGUGAGGUUCUAGUGUACGAUCGCGUCGUCUGAAUUUGUCAGAGGUCCUGGUGACCUCGUUAGGACUGUUGUUAAGCGUCUGUACAAGUACUUGCUUUUAGACGUCCAUGUUUUUACGAAGCACUUUGACACGAUGAGCUCAUUCGUUUUCAUUACGGCAACGCUGUGCCGACACGCUGUUACUGACAAACUGCACUGCCUGAGAGAAGUAAGUGAGUCUGUUCCUGCACCGAUCACCGUUCAACACACUAAAGUAACUCGUACAAAGUUGGCCGUACUUCAAGAAUCAAGAGCAAAGUACUUAGUUAUUGUAAAUGCACGUUUAUUAGUGUAUCCAUUUUGUACAAUGUACCAAAAGAACCUAAGACGGGAAUAAUACGUCUAUGAUGAUGGUUUUAAGCAAUACAUGCUUCGUGUUAUAAGGGACCAAUGAUCGCUUCACUUAAAACAGUACAAUCCAACUAAUAGACAAGUAAUGUUUAUUAGUUUUUCUGUUUUCUUUUGGUUUAAUGAAAACAUUUUUGAUAAAAAAUAUAAUUUACUGACAAUAAUGACACUAUAAACAAUUCAUCUUAUUCUGGUAUUUUGUAUAAUUCCCUUAACGUGUUCGGUGUGUAGUGUCACUUUCAGACAUUUGAACAAGCAUCCACGUUCGACCUGUGCUGUAUAAUUACAGUGCAGGCUUCUUUGCACUGAGCAAGUGAAAAAUAUGUGUAAAUGUCCAUUUUGAACAACAGCUCUGACCUGCCCGACUUCAAAAUCACUCCCAAAGUAUCAGCAGGACUGUUCUGUGUCUAAACUGUCUUUCGCCAAGAUGUGACGCUCACCUGCCUACAUCCUGUUUAUAGUGUGAUUCAGCUGCACAGCCUAUUACUGCACUGCACCACUAAUGAUAAUAUGCUGGAUUUCAUGAAACACCACUCACAGCAUGUACAGUUGCAUUUCGACCAUUUUAACACCUUGUAAGUUGUAACCAGUGAGUAAAAAAACAAAAAGAAAAUGCUGAUGACCAAAACAUCAUUUGAUGUCUACGUGUUGUUUACAGUAUAAAUGUUUAUGAAGUAUUAUUUAUCAUUUGUAACACAGAUACUGAUUUGUAUGAUUUUUACAUAAACAAGAAAUCAAAUUUAUCCCGUCUGGAUCGACAUGUACUGUAUAGUUUGCUUUCAUUUAUGAAUAAACAUGUUGAUUCUAUUACAA